ACGGAUGGAUGCACCCGUGCUAUUUGAGCUGCGUCAGAGUGACGUGAAGGUUACAUGUUACCGGGAGAGCUCAAUGUAGGCAUGUUGGUGAACAAGGUAGUUGCAUAGUUAAAUGGUCAGACUUCAAUCUCCAGAAAAUGUGCGGACGGUAGAGAGAACAAUACAUUCGUAUCUGUGUGGGCAUAUUGUGAUUCUAUGAAACCAACAGUGACAGCACAGAACCUUAUGAUGUGAUAAACCAUGGAGUACAACACAUUGUCCCACAACCGGGAACCGUCCAAUGACAGCGGGCUCCCUAAAAACAGUCUAAGCAGUGAUGCUAGAGAAGAAGACCAAACAUAUGUGAAAAAUGCUUUUCCUGGAAACCCACCUUCGCCCAUGCUAGGUUCAUACUCUCCUAAAUCCGAACCUGCUUUAGCACCAUCGGAAAUGAAUUAUAAUGAGGUAAAAUUGGACGUAAACACUUCUCAAUACUUUUCCGGUCAGAAAGUGCCCCCUAGGACGGCUGAACCAAAUUAUGUCACGCUUCAUCCAAAACCUGACAAUCCUGUUAAUAUGGACAUUGGCGACGUUAUCAAGCAAGCAAUUGCAGCAGGUCAGGAAAAGAACCCGAAUUCUUCAGUUGUUAUACACAUAGGAAAUGUAACAAUUAACAACGCCCCUGAUCCUACUUAUUACGGGCACGUGACCCGACCCCCUCCUGAACCCUGUCUGCCCCAUCAAUACCACGACGUAGGACAGCCAGGAGAUGAUCAUCUCCGUCGGAAAAGUUUAUCAACAUCAGAAGAAGAAAUGUACAUUGGUAUUCCUGGUAAUAGAACACCGGUGGAACACAGCGGGACAGAGCAGCCGUCCUUGAUAGUUGACGACCAUAUCGACCCCUAUAGAGAAACACAAAACUUCUUAAUCCAAUCCAGACCCAACUCCACAAGAUCACAGCACACACAAUCCUCCCCUCAGACGGAACAAAGGGAUGCAGAGCCCGUCAAACCACAUGGCCCGGAGGGAAACCCUACCCAAAUGACGAUACACCCCCGACAUUCCCCAGACGGUUCUCUCGAGAAGUUUGAUGUCCAGCUGGUCAGGCAGGGUUCGAAUCAACGUUGGACAUGCGAAUUGAAGCCCUCACAAACUUCAAAGUCUCACUCAAGAUCACCAUCCAUCGACACAUUAGAUACCGAUGUUACGUACGACAGUCAUAGACAAGCACGUGACAGAAAUCGUCCUACAGUGCCGUUAACCUUAGAGAGCGCGGGAACCCUCCAACCAACAGAACGGUGGCCGAAUACAGAUCCCAGCUACAAGACGACCUUUAACGAGGAUAGGAGGUUGCCUUACUGUGGCGACGACAACACAUUGGUGAAGGAGAUAUCGUCACCGGUGGGGGAGGAACUCUGCAGACAUAUCGGACAAAGGGUAACAUAUGUAGAAAACCCUGUCUACAUGGCCGACCAACCCUUCAGGUCAACAAAUAACCUGACGUCAUCUGUCAACACGCAGAAUAUGUUAGGAUACAGUGGUGAAAUGGAACCGUCCCGGCCAGGCGUACACAUGAAUACAGUUGUAGGUAGAUCAAUGUCCCAGUCAGCACCAGACAUCAGACAAGUCACCCCCUUCCCACCACAGACAACACGUCGACCCACAGUUUUCCCGAAUAAGCUGAAGACAAGGGGCCAUGCAUGUGUGGUACAUGGUUACUUCAACAUUCACGACGAGAAAGCUAUAGAAGACGCCAAGAAGAGGCUGGAGACUGAUGGGGAGGACGGAAACUGGCUGGUGACGUUAGCAAUAAGACAGCCAAUGCACUCCAUUUGUCUCCACGUUCGGCUACAAAACAAGACCAACUCAUUUCCCAUCAACAACCUCAAAGGCGAAAGGAUCAGCAUCGAUACGACAAACAAAAAGUCGUUUAAGUGUCUCUGUAAGCUGAUCAACUAUUACACAGUGAAGAAAACCUUACCUAACCAGAAAGUCAAGCUGGCUAAGGCUUUUCAACUACAGCAGCGAGGGAGUGGAGUGUAUGACUCCUGUACCGAAGUGUCACAUCUCUGACCACCCAUGUAAUGAAGUGUCACAUCUCUGAUCACUCCUGUACCGAAGUGUCAGAUCUCUGAUCACCCCUGUACCGAAGUGUCACAUAUCUGAUCACUCCUGUACCGAAGUGUCACAUCUCUGAUCACUCCUGUACCGAAGUGUCACAUCUCUGACCACUCCUGUACCGAAGUGUUACAUCUCUGAUCACUCCUGUACCGAAGUGUCACAUCUUUGAUCACUUCUGUACCGAAGUGUCACAUCUCUGAUCACUCCUGUACCGAAGUGUCACAUCUCUGAUCACUCCUGUACAGAAGUGUCACAUCUCUGAUCAAUCCUGUACCGAAGUGUCACGUCUCUGAUCACUCCUGUACCGAAGUGUCACAUCUCUGAGCACUCCUGUACCGAAGUGUCACAUCUCUGAUCACUCCUGUACCGAAGUGUCACAUCCCUGAUCACUGCUGUACAGAAGUGUCACAUCUCUGAUCACUCCUGUACCGAAGUGUCACAUCUCUGAUCACUCCUGUACCGAAGUGUCACAUCUCUGAUCACUGCUGUACAGAAGUGUCACGUCUCUGAUCACUCCUGUGUGACGCGUGCCUCUCAGAGCGGCAUGUUUUCAGUUUUCUGUUAUCAAAUGAGACUAUGAAAACUUCAAAAAUAUUUCCUUCCUUUUUUUUUGAUAAUCUAUUUUCUUAGAAUUUUAAAACAUUUUUUGGGAAUUUUGCCAAAAGCUAUGAGAGAUUUACAGUGAAACCUGUUUAAUUCGACCUUACGGGAGAUUGAUUGACAUAAUGAUCAGAUAUGAGAGGAUGCCAGAAUACACAGGUAUUAAUUGUCAGUUUUAAUGUUAAAUAGGAUUACAGGCUUACAUGAGAUCAGACAGGCGGUCAGGCUACUCAAGGAUGUAUUAGAAAACAUUAGAUGGUGUGUUGUAAUACCUAGAGGUCGUACUAGACAGGGUGUCAGAAUAACCAGGGUAUGUUUUGUGCAGUGUCAGGUUAGACAGGUUUCAUUGUAUUGUUACUACAAACUCGUAAGAGUUGGGCGAGUGGAUACAGCUUUGUAAAAUAGUUUACUUCUCCCGUGGGAGUUAGAGGUUAUUGAGUACAGGGAGACAAUCAAAUCUCCCGUGGGAGUUAGAGGUUAUUGAGUACAGGGAGACAAUCAAAUCUCCCGUGGGAGUUAGAGGUUAUUGAGUGCAGGGAGACAAUCAAAUCUCCCGUGGGAGUUAGAGGUUAUUGAGUACAGGGAGACAAUCAAAUCUCCCGUGGGAGUUAGAGGUUAUUGAGUACAGGGAGACAAUCAAAUGUUUAUUAUCGAUACAUCCGAACAUACAGGAGGCACACGAAUCUUAACGCUAUAUGGUAUGAAUUGACACUGUAUAUAUGAUUUUGUUAUACAGCCGUUAUUUCAACAAGGCUACCCAAAUUCGAUCCCCUGUAUGGGACACAUGUCCGAUCACGUGGGAUUUCUCCGGGUUGUAGGGUAACCCUGUUUUCUCCCACAUCCAUGUUGAUACUUAGGCUAUUUAGAAACCAAAUUAUGCUGUGCCAACAUCCUUACACUCCCCCAUUGUUUUGUAAAAUUUCAUGAAUAUUAUUUGUAUAUUGCGUGUCAUAAAUUUCACAAACUGCCUUUUUUGUAAUCAUUCACGAGGAUAAUUCGCACUUCAUAUCUUAGGUUUAAUCUUUAAAAAUAUGUCUACGUGUACCUGAAUUUUACAUUAACGCAAAUAUUCACAAUUACUUGUACAGCAUUAAAGACUAACAGGUAGGUCUCCUCUAUCAAGGGAAUUGGGGGUUGGCUGUAAAAAGGAAAUUGUAAUGAUAUAUGUGUGUUUACACAGGCUGUUAAUAGGUAAUAGGGAAAGAAAGCGUAGCUUAUUUUCAUGUAUUUAACCUUUGCGUAUGAUAUCCGUCCGCCAAACUGUUUCAUGAUCUAUACAACGGAGAAAUAACGUUUGACUUGAGCGAGUGUUCUUGGUUACUCCGUGUCAGAUCUCGACAUAGCGUCAUGUAUAUGAUGUUAAAUCCAUUGUCUGCAUCAAGUUUAGUGUAAUUUGUUUAUCAAAUAAAGAUAAAGAGCUUUGCUGGAUUCAACACUUUUCCUUAAAUAAGUAAAUAUACCGGAAGCUUUUUGUUUGACAGUACUUACACUUGCCUAUUAAUCUACAAAUCGCUUGUUUUAUUUUAUUCAUUAUGUUCCCUCUUCGCCAAUUUCAGCAACACUUCCAUAUCUCAGCAAGUUCUUUGUUUUCAUUUCAGCCCCCCCCCCCCCCAACCCCAUCCCAAAUGACAUUUUCAUGCCAUUUCGUACCUGUACAGCCCUAUUUCACCAACAUUUUAAUUAAUAAAAAAGCAAUUAACUGAUUUUAUCAAAACACUUUUUGAUACAUUUUUAAUGUGCCAGUAUCUUUACUAAUUUUAUCAUGAUAUGAGUGUGUACAUUAUACAAUGUAACGCGUUUUACACAUAUUACAUGUUUGUUGCUCAAUCUUUGGCUUUGGCACCUUUCGUGUACUUGAAUACUAGACCGAAAAUUUUAGUAUCUAAAACUGUUAUUACUUAUAAAAUAUUCACGUUUAAGGUCACUUUUAUUUAUUUAUUUAUGAAUUACACUUUUGUGUUAAAAUAAGUUUCUCUUUGAAACGGGGAUAAUUAAUUUAUUAUACAGGUUUUGUGAUAUUUUAGAAGCUGAAAUGUUCGGUCCAGUAAAGGCUGCUGUCACCACAGGGACCAGGUUUAGGACACACUAUGUUUGUUGAGAGAGUUACUAAUGUUUAGAAAGAAUUGGACGUUGUAAAAAAAACCACCUCAAUGAUGGUGUCAAAUCAUGUCCCUGCUAUCAAAAUAUAUUAACGCAUCAUGUUUUCCCGGUUGAUUUGUUACGAAAAGAGGUAUGAUACAAUUAAUUUGUUGUCAGUUGUAAACCGUGACUGUGGUAGCUAGUUGUCGGUCUAGGCUACUUCUGAACAUAUUUGAGGUCAGUAGACAACCAAAUAUGAUAUGGCAGCUUGUAUGUAUUCUUAUAAACGUUGUAUAAGCACUACAACAAAAUAAAGGCUUCCGUAUAUCCUUAA